AUAAACCUGGCAGCAAGAAACCUGCCUGCAUCCAAGCAACAAGAAACCUGCCAGCAUCCAAGCAAAAGCACCAGAACUCAAUGAACCAGCUUUUCUCACUAUAUAUAUAUAUAUAAGGAGAGCUAGCAUCACAAGUUAGUGCACAGUCUAAUUUCAAUACAGAGAUGGGAAAGCUCAUCAGCAAUGCAUCCACAAAGAGGACUGCAGUAGUGACUGGAGCCAAUAAAGGAAUUGGGUUUGAGGUUUGCAGGCAGCUGGCGUCCCAUGGAAUCACGGUGAUAUUAACGGCUAGAGAUGAGGGGAAGGGUACCGAAGCUGUUGAGAAACUCAAAAACUCCGGAGUUUCUGAUGUUUUGUUUCAUCAGCUCGAUGUCGCUGAUCCCUCUAGUGUCUCUUCGUUGGCAAACUUUAUAAAGACCGAAUUUGGGAGGAUUGAUAUUUUGGUAAUUAAGGAUGAAGAGAUUUUAUGUGACACGCCCACUUUACUCUUACGUGGACUAGUUUGCAGAAAUGUCAAUAACGCAGGAAUUGGAGGGUUGUUAACUGAUGAUCAGACUUUAAAUUCCUUUCUAAAAGAUCAGACUGUAACUUCCUUUCUAAAAGAGCAGGAAAAUGGAUAUGACAGAUUAAUGGAAUUCUGGGUAGAGGCUCAAGAGAGCUAUGAGAAGGUAGUAGGAUGCCUGAAUAUAAAUUAUUAUGGCAUGAAGAGGGUAACUGAAGCACUGAUCCCCCUUCUUCAGCUGUCACAAUUACCAACAGUAGUAAACGUUUCGUCUCGCCUUGGACGGCUAAACGUCAUUCCCAGCGAGAGCAUAAGAGAAGCACUGGGAGUUGUUGAUGAGAAGACAGAAGUGAGAUUGGAUGAAGUAAUUCAAUCGUAUCUAUAUGAUUUGAAGGAAGGAAAGCUCAAAGAAAAUGGAUGGCCAACUUGUUCAGCCACUUACAAGCUGUCUAAAGUAGCCGUGACCACCUACACAAGGAUGCUUGCCAUGAAAUAUCCAUCAAUGCGCAUCAACUGUGUGUCUCCUGGUGUUGUCAAGACAGAUAUGAACUAUGAUAUAGGGACGUUGACAGCCGAAGAAGGUGCUAAAGGCCCUGUGAUGUUAGCUUUACUUCCCGAUGGUAGCCCUUCGGGUCUUUUUUAUGAUCAAACAGAGGUAUCUUCGUUCGAGUAACAAGUAUUCCAUAUCAUAGGAAAACAAAGUUCUGAGGUAUCGGUAUUAAUAAGAAGUUGUUGCUUAGGUUGGCUUGUUAAUUUGGUACCGAGAACAUGAAAAAACUCCUUGUACCUUGUUUCUUUGAACAUGUAUAAGACUGUUCCAGAAUAAAUAUAUACCAAUAAUUGUUGGGAUCCAA